UGGUCAACAAAAAUUGUAAACAAAUAACCAAAGAAUUCUAAAUUUAUUAACUGAUUACUUGUAAUUUCAAAUAAUAUUCAAUUAGUGAAUGGAUCGUCUUACUGGUUAAUUACAAUUACUAUGUGAUAACAAUGUUACAAAGGACUAUACGAGUAUUUCUUCCAGCACUUUUGUCGAAUAUUAAAGAUACGAUUUAUCUUAAAGGUUAUUACAGGUUUUCGGGGAAUACUGUUUUAGUUUACUUUGUGGAACAUUCUUAUAUAGAGUGGAAGGACAGUAGAAACCAGGAAAAUAUCAUAUAUGGAUUUUGGAAUAUAACCAAAAAAGAUAAGAAUGUUGAUGGUUUUAAAAAUAUGAUUGUUUUUAACUGUACAAGUCAUACUCCAAUAAGAAAUAUUACAAUACAUGGACGCCCAAUGGACGUAACAAAUAACUGCAUAUUGCUGUUCUAUGAAUAUGACAAAAUUAAACAUACAGAAAUAAAAUUUCAUUCAAAUGAAGAGUUAAUGCAUUUACAAUGUUUGAUACAAAAAGAUAGGAAUCAAAUGGAAAUGUAUGAGGAAUCCUAUAAGCCAUUUUUUGUACCUCCCUCAUGGUUAUCAUACUCCAUGGUUGGUCAGCAUGUUAGUCAUUAUUUAAAUUUAGCUCACUGGUUUCUGACAAGUGUGUGGAGAAACAAGAAAAUAUCCAUAAAGCAAGGCAACCUCAUAUUAGCAGUCUUUGUUGAUAUUCUUCUAGGGUAUAUUGCCUUACAAUUUGUUAUGAUAAAUGAAAAAGAACUCAGUGACAUGCUGAUGAAUAUGCUUGAGACCAUAGUCAACUCCUUGUACACAUUAUUGAAAUGGUUGAUGGGUGUCCCUGCGGGUCUAAAAUUGAACAAUGCAUUCAAUAAGAUGCUUGGAAAGUAUUUCUCGUAUCAUAUACAACUUUGGUGGCUAUUUCUAGAGGUGACUGGUGAAAAAUUGGAAGUAAUACUACAAUUAUUUCAUUAUAUUGGAUAUGCUGGUAUUACUUUUCAAGCUGCCAUUAUUUCAGACAUGCUAUGCAUAGCAACAUUUCAUUCAUACUGUAUUUAUGUAUAUGCUGCAAGGCUAUUCAACAUACAAAUAUCCGGGCUCAUUGCUUUAUUGAGGUUAUUUGUUGGACGCAAAUACAAUCCUCUCCGAGGCGGCAUAGAUUCGUGCGAGUACACCAACCAGGAGCUAUUUGUUGGAACAGUUGCCUUUACCAUACUGCUGCUAUUGUUGCCGACGACUACCAUGUAUUAUGCUGUGUUUACACUGUUCCGUCUGCUGUCUUUGGUACUGCAACAUGCCCUUGCCAAAUUAAUUUACUUGAUACAUACACUGUCAAUUUAUGUAGUUGCACUGUGGCUUACUAACUCGUCUAAAGUAGCAGGUAAUAUCCUGCUGGAGGUGAUUAGCAAUGAAGAUUCAGCACCAAUGAUACUCAAACUCAAGCUGUUUAAGAAAUCGAUACAUGAUUUAGUGAAUAGCUUUACACCCCCUGUUGAAGUCCCCAAGCAAAUUGAAUGGACCAAUUUAUUUUCGAAUUUGUUGACGGGAAAACAAAUCAUAUGAUCGAUUGUUGCCCAUAUGAUCGAUUGUUGCCCAUUUUAGUUGUCAACAUUGGGGACGCAAAUUUAUAAAAAAAUAAUUUUAACUUACCUGUGUAAAUAAGAGACGGGAAGAAUUAAAUUCAAAUUAAAAACAUAUUUAAUUUUGACUUAUGGUUUAAUAUUGUUCAAUAUUAAAUUGCGCACAAAAUAACUGUUUUACCUCCAUCACAUGGAAUAAAUGCUUGAAAAUUUACAAAACAUCAGAACUGAAUGAAAAUAUCUGGUUUUAAAAUAAAUUCACUCACGCCUAGCUUAAGCAAUACAUUGUUGUUACAGAUACGCUCCUAUUGAUACCUAUACAGGCAAGUAAAUAAUUAAGACUGCUAAAAAUUGGAAAAGUGUUUCUUCCAAAUAGUCGACAGUGCCACUAUCAAUAGGUCUUUCUAAAGCGAUUUGGGCUUAGCGGUAAAUAUGCUUUUAACAUCUAGCACUCUCUCAAAAACUAUAUGGCGUUUUCAUUAGAGGAACUACGACCAAAGCUCCACAUGCCAUAGACUGAGCACUUACGCUAGAAAUUACUUUGUUUUAGAAUUAAGAUUUUUGUUAAAUGAUUUAGCAGUCUUUAUUAUUCACUACGUAUCUUUUUAUCUGAGUUGAAUCUACUAACACUUGUGACAACAGGCGUGGCAGUUAAACAGCGUGGAAACCAUUACAUUUACAGUCAAUCCAUAUCAUUAGGUAUCAUUACCACACAAGUUUGAAAAACUAGUUCUUUCUAUUAGAGCUAAAGAGAGAGAGACUAAAUCUCUUGUCAUAUAAAUGAAAUCUAUACUGACAAUAAGGCAAGACUAUGUAUAACAAGAGUAUAUAUAUAUGCAUUAUUUUAUCUAUCAUUUUACAUAAACUUGAUCAUUUCAUUUAAUAGUGUGAGCACAAAUUACGAUGCUUACAACAGUAAUUAUUACAUCUAUUAGAAAUUAUUUUAUUGCUAUAAUCGGAACUGAGGAACAUGUUUUUGUUAGAAAGGCUACUUACAGAUAACAGAACGAUAGACAUACCAUGCUUACAAAAUGGAGUAUGGGGUCAAAAUGGAUUAACAAUGAAGAUGGCCAAUAAUUAUAGAAAUUAAAUAUUAAAAUAUAAUAUAUAUGAUUUUAGAUGACAAUGGUUAAUUACGAUGUUAAAUAAAAUAUUUCUUAUCCACAUUGAAUGCCCAUUAGUUAUACCUAUUGAAUCAUUAAAAGAAUUGUAACACCGCGUUCUGGGUUGUAAUUUAAUUCGUUUUUAUGUUUUUACGUUACAUGAACGAGUUAUUGUUUUGCGUCGCUGAGUCACUUUCGUUCGUAAGGCACUGGUUCCACUGCGAGCUAGUAAGCUUAUGAGCUAUCGGCUAUAAAAACGAACAAAAGAUAAGCACUCCCCUGCAAAUAAAAGAGACACGGCGAUAUUGAUAGCCCACCGCUGGGCGAGU